AUUGACACAAAAUUUUAAUAGUUACCUCGGGCAAUAGCUCUCACAGCUCUCUCCUGCAGCUCACUUUUGAAUUUCUUAUGACCAAAACAUUGGAACAGUUUCUCCGUUACGUUAUCCAUGACGCUGGUGACUAUUUACAGAUUUUCUUCAGUAUAAUUUGAUUACAUUGUUUUCGUUAUUAAAAUGAGUAAGCGGAAAGCACCAUCGAACUCUAAUAAUUUAAAUGCAGAUUUUUGCGAAUUUUUAUCAGAGCUAGCAGAAUACGAGAAAAAUGUGAGUCGAAAUAUACACAAAUACAACACUUAUAGAAAAGCGGCCAGUGUUCUUGCAACGCAUGAAAAACGAAUUCAAUCGGGCGAUGAAGCAAAAAAAUUAAACGGCAUCGGAGAAAAAAUUGCAAAGAAAAUUGAUGAGUUUUUGCAUACAGGAAAAUUAAAAAAGCUCGAAAAUAUACACAACGAUGAAAAUGCUCAAGCUAUAAGUUUACUUACUCGAGUUUCUGGUAUAGGUCCAGUCAAAGCUGCAGAACUAGUCCGAAGUGGAAUUAAAACCAUAGAAGAUUUACAAAAACAAAAGGAUAAAUUGACACAUCAUCAACUUAUUGGCCUAAAAUUCUUUGAUGAUUUUGAAAAGAAGAUACCGCGUGCCGAAAUUCAAGAAGUUGAAAUCAAAAUGAAAAAAAUAAUUUCUGAUUUUGAUCCAAACUUCAGAAUAACAAUAUGCGGAAGCUACAGACGAGGCAAAUUAGAGAGUGGUGAUAUUGAUGCGCUUUUAACACAUCCCUCACUCAAAACGCAAAACUCAAAGAAACACGGUGAAAUUCUACUAAAUAAGGUUACCGAAGUUUUACAAGGGCUUGUAAUUGACACAAUUUCAAAAGGAGAUACAAAAUUUAUGGGCGUGUGUAGAUUGUCGCCUCAACAUCCAGCAAGACGUUUAGAUAUAAGGCUCAUUCCACACGAACAGUAUUUCUGUGCAGUGCUUUAUUUUACUGGAAGCGAUGUUUUUAACAAACAAAUGCGUGCCCAUGCCUUAGAAAAGGGAUUCACACUAAACGAAUACUCUCUGAGACCCAUAGGAAGCACUGGUAUACCGGGCGAGAGUGUUCCAAUUACAUCGGAAGAAGACAUAUUUGAUUAUAUUGAUUAUCCGUACAAAAAGCCAGAAGACCGAAACAUGUAAAUGAAACAUAAAGCACUUCUUCAA